AUGGCACCAAACCGGCUCCUGAAGCUUGUCACAACAUCUUUGUCGUGGUCAGUCAUAGGACAUGCGUUGAACACUGAUGAUCAGACUGGUUCCUCUGUCGAUUACGGGACCUUUGAAGAUCCUUCAUCCAACGUCCGGCCUCGCUUCAGAUAUUGGAUUCCAGAUGCCUCGGUGGAUCUGGACAUCGUGGCUGAUGACUUGCGCAAAGUGAAAGAUGUCGGUAUGGGAGGAGUUGAGCUGCUUGGCUACUACUUAUAUGGCAAUUACCCGCAGCAGAUCGAAGAAGGCGGCCCAGUGCCUGUCGACUGGACACAAUACGGAUGGGGCACUCCAGCAUGGAAGAACUUGACGGAUGCCGCUCUUCGAGCAACGAAAAGUUUAGGAUUGAUAAUGGACUUCACCAUUGGCCCUAACCAAGGCGCCGGUGUUCCUGCCGAGCCAGACGACGAGGGCAUCAUGUGGCAAUUGCUUCCAUUCAACACAACUGUUCCAGUCGGCGGCACGUUUGACGGUGUUCUGCCAGGAUGGGGCUCAGGCCAGUUUGUAUCUGCAUCGACCGGGCUUGUUACUUCCAAGACGAAUGCAACGUGGUAUGCUGCACCUGCGUGGCAGGGUCAGCAGUACAAUGGCACCCGUCAAAUCCUUGCCGACGCUUCGCUAGCAGACGUCACGCAAAUGGUUGACUCAACGACUGGCCGUCUGCAACUCUCCUUGCCCAACGAUGUAGAGGGUACUGGAUAUCAGAUCUUCGCGUAUUACCAAACCCGCUCGACCUAUCUGGAGCAAGCCUCGCCCAUCGACUUGAACACCAACGUGCCACAGUCGCCAGUAACGACUUACGUGCAGAAUGGCUCCAGAGUGGUUGAUCACUUCUCAGCCAAGGGUGCCAAGCUGAUCACUGACUUCUGGGAGCAACACCUGCUCGAUGGUGACACCCGAGAUUUGAUCAGAGAAGUGGGAAACUUCGCCUGGGAAGACAGCAUGGAGAUUGGAGCAGGCACUAUCGCCUGGUGGACGCCAGGAUUGCUGGAUUCAUUUCGCUCCAAUCGCGGCUACGACUUGAACAAGUACCUCCCUUUGAUCUUUUCCUUCAACACUGAGGCUAACGGGCCCCUUGCCUCUCCGGACCGCUUCUACACCGACGGCGAUGAUCAAGGUCAAUCGUAUGUGAACGAUUACUGGCAGACCUUGACCGACCUCAAUCGUGACUAUCUCGACAUCUUGAGGGACUGGUCGCAGGAGACUUUGCAGUCACAAUUCUCCGCCCAAGUAUCCUACAACCUACCCAUGGAUAUGCUCGCCAACAUCCCGUCUGUCAAUGCGCCUGAGUGCGAAUCUUUGGGCUUCGAUCAUGUUAUUGAUGCGUAUCGUCAAUUCUCGGGACCGGCGAACUUGGCUGGAAUGCGCAUCAUCUCCUCUGAACUAGGCGCCCAACGCCAAGAAGUCUAUUCUCAGACUCUCCCGGAAUUGAUCUGGGACACAAAACGAUCUGUCGUUGGGGGUGUGAACAACUUCAUCUACCACGGAAUGCCCUACGCCGGCAAUUAUCCAAACACAACGUGGCCAGGCUAUACGACUUUCAGCUACCGCUUCAGCAACAUGCACGGUCCACGGCAGCCUUACUGGAACCACCAGAAAGAAUUCAUGGAUUGGACUGCUCGGACUCAAUGGAUCGCACAAUCUGGAACACCCAAGAUCGAUCUGGCUUUCUGGCUCAAGAGGAACGAGUACUUCGACGUGCCUUCAGUUUAUGAUCCGAAUGACUUACAAGAUGCUGGGUAUAGCUACGAGUACUUGAGUCCUGAUAAUUUCAUGCUACCGGAUGCGGAAGUGGUCGAUGGCGUGUUCGCUCCAGAGCGACAGGCUUUCAAGGCACUCAUCUUGAGAGGAAACGAUACGCUUACUGUCUCUGGAGUGCAGAAUCUUGUUGCUUAUGCUCAGGCCGGCCUGCCCAUCAUCUUCUCUGGAGGCAUCCCGCAGAAUUUGACCGGGUAUAAUGCGACCGGCACCGAAUACGUGCGAUCAGCACUCUCUACUAUUGUGAGCCUGGGAAAUGUUCACGUGGUUCCGUACGACAACCUCGCAUCUUCCCUGCAGGAGCUAGGCAUCACACCUCGCACGCGGGUCCACUCAGAACGAGUGUGGAAUACAUAUUGGCGCGAAGACUCAAACGUGAACGUUACGUAUGUUUAUAUUUACAACGAUGCUUGGGACUCAGAGCUUGGUGGUGGAGCCUCGAAAGGCAGCAUUACUUUUGAAGCUACAGGUGUACCAUACGAUUAUGAUGCUUGGACUGGAGACGUGAAGGCCAUCCCAGCCUACCAGCAGAGCGCUACGACAACAACUAUCGAGUUCAGUCUGGCCGGCAAUCAGACGACUAUAAUCGGCUUCCACCACAACGAAACAGUGGCAACCGGGACGAGAAUGCUCUCUGCGCCACCAGAGGUCUAUGGCGCAACUCCGGAUGAAACUGGGCACCUAGUCCUGGCAGCCGGCAAUGCAACACAGCCUGUGCUCCUUUCCAAUGGCACAAUGCUGUCAUUGCCGAUUCCCGCCGCGCCCGUCCAGCUCGAUGAAUGGUCCUUGAUCGUCGAAUCCUGGGCGCCUCCACAAAAUCUGGAGGAAGACCAAACAAAACCGUCUCUCUCCAAUUCCACGUACAACGUGACCAGACUAGAGCCUUGGGGCACAAUCUCCGAGACCCUUCGCAAUGUCUCCGGCCGUGGUAUCUACACAACGACCUUCGAGUGGCCGCCUUCGAAUGGAAGCGCAGAUGGUGCAAUUUUGAAUCUGGGCGCGAUCGUGAACACUGCCAAAGCGGAGAUCAAUGGACAAUCGCUCCCACCCCUUGAUCCAACAGACGCGAGAGCCGACUUGGGUGAAUACCUGGUUGAUGGCACCAACACGCUCGAAGUGGUUGUUACCACCACCCUGGGAAAUGUUCUUCGAACCGUUUACGAACAGGUCAAAUCCAGUGGGACCUUGUGGCUCGGACCUGUACCAUUCGAGCAGGAUUAUGGGCUGGUCUCGAACGUGACCAUCGUGCCCUAUCUGAGGACGGUUGUAGCUCUGUAG